CCCCGCCACCCGCCUGGGCCUCGACUGGCUCACCGCCAGGGCUGGGGAGGGGCGGCGCGGAGGGCGGGGGCCGGGAGCGGGGCAGGGCCCAGCUGUGCCUCGCCGGCCGUUCGGGCAACUCCCGGGCCGCGGCCAGCGGAGGAGCAGAGCGCUUGCCCCGGGGGUCUGCCGCGUCGCAGGCGCCGCCGGAACCCUGGCCAUGAGGACCCUGUGGAUGGCGCUGUGCGCGUUGGCGCGGCUGUGGCCCGGGGCCCAGGCCGGCUGCGCCGAGGCCGGGCGCUGCUGUCCCGGCCGGGACCCCGCCUGCUUCGCCCGCGGCUGGAGGCUGGACAGGGUCUACGGGACGUGUUUCUGCGACCAAGCCUGUCGCCUCACCGGGGACUGCUGCUUCGACUACGACAGGGCGUGCCCAGCUCGCCCAUGCUUCGUGGGGGAAUGGAGCGCCUGGAGUGGUUGUGCAGACCAGUGCAAGCCUACAACCCGUGUGCGGAGGCGCUCUGUGCAGCAGGAGCCUCAGAACGGCGGGGCUCCCUGCCCACCCCUGGAAGAGAGAGCCGGCUGCCUGGAGUACUCCACCCCGCAGGGCCAGAACUGCGGGCACUCCUAUGUUCCUGCCUUUAUAACUACCUCUGCAUUCAACAAGGAGAGAACACGACAAGCUACGUCUCCACACUGGUCUACGCACACAGAGGAUGCUGGAUACUGUAUGGAGUUUAAGACAGAGUCCUUGACUCCUCACUGUGCUCUGGAAAACCGGCCCUUGACUAGAUGGAUGCAGUAUCUCCGAGAGGGAUACACGGUGUGUGUGGAUUGUCAGCCUCCAGCUAUGAACUCUGUGAGCCUUCGUUGUUCUGGAGAUGGCCUGGACUCUGAUGGAAAUCAGACUCUCCAUUGGCAAGCAAUUGGUAAUCCUCGAUGUCAAGGAACUUGGAAAAAAGUUCGGCGAGUAGACCAGUGUUCUUGUCCAGCUGUUCACAGUUUCAUUUUUAUAUAGAUGGUGAUAUAAAUAUUUCCAAAUGCAUUUGUAAACGUGCUAAAUAUUCUCAAGUCAUGUUCAAUGUUUCCUAAACCUCCAAUUUUGGCCAAAGUCCCCAAACACAUCAUUGCCACACUCUGAAGUAGAGAAAGAAAAUUUAGGGGCCAGUUCUCAAGGAACACAGGUCCUUUAUUUUUAUUUUAACUAAGUUGAAGACCCACUCAAAAAGCUCCUGUGGUUUUAUGUUCUUGACCUUUCAUCUGGAGUCCUCUCAUUCAGCAGGUGGCUUGUGAGACAUAGAAUACAUGUCUGUUUGCUGAAGUAAAAUUACUGUAACUCAGUCCAAUUAUUGGUGACGGAAGUGUCAUUUAACGGGAUCUAUGUUUUGAAUCUUGCAGUCUUUCUUUCUAUUUUAUAAUCUUUUAAAAGCUUCUCCCUUUAAAAAAUGUAUACAAGAAUGCACACUCUACACAUAUAUUUCCAUAUAUUUAAUAUUCCAUAAAUUCUGAAAUAAUUUCAAGGAAAUUAUCACAAAUAAUUUUUCCACAGGGCAAAUUAUUUAAAAUUUUAGUAAGCAUUCUGUAAUGAAAAACCAACAGCUAUACUAAAAACAUUUUUUGAAGAAGAAUAAUUUUUUUUUUCGUGUAAGUGAAAGGAUCAAACGCUCAUUCUAGGUCAAUGGGAGUUCUUUUAAAUGUUAUAAUUUUCAUGAAGAGAAAUGUUGGUACCAGUGAAUGAAACAAUUGCUUUCAUUCCGAAAAUUCUACCACCAUUUGCAUCUAAGAUUAUUUCCAAGGCUUAAAGCCUGAAGCUGAAUAAAAUAAUCUUUCAGAGUCCAA